CCGAGCCGCCGGCGUCCCUCCACAUCCUCUCGCCCGCGUCUGCGCCCUGCCGGGUGGGGAGGGCGGAAAGGAAUGAAUCGUAACCAUCGAAAUGAGUUGCACAAUUGAGAAGGCCCUAGCUGAUGCCAAAGCGUUAGUGGAGCGACUAAGAGAGCAUGACACGGCAGCAGAAGCUCUCAUUGAACAAACUACCGAUCUCAACAAACGAGUGGAAGCAAUGAAACAGUACCAGGAAGAAAUUCAAGAACUUAACGAAGUAGCAAGACACAGGCCUCGGUCUUCCUUGGUCUUAGGUAUCCAGCAGGAAAAUAGACAGAUCAGAGAACUACAACAAGAAAAUAAAGAACUCCGAACAUCUCUCGAAGAACAUCAGUGUGCCUUGGAGCUAAUAAUGAGCAAAUAUAGAGAACAGAUGUUUAGAUUGCUCAUGGCCAGCAAAAAAGACGAUCCGGGUAUAAUAAUGAAGUUAAAGGAACAGCACUCCAAGGAAUUGCAAGUACACGUGGACCAAAUCACGGAAAUGGCAGCAGUAAUGAGAAAAGCCAUUGAAAUUGAUGAGCAGCAGGGUUGCAAAGAACAAGAACGUAUUUUUCAGCUUGAGCAGGAAAACAAAGGACUGAGAGAAAUACUGCAGAUAACCAGAGAAUCGUUCCUGAAUCUUAAGGAAGAUGCCUCAGAAAGUACAUCUCUGUCAGCACUAGUAACAAACAGUGACUUGAGUCUGAGAAAAAAUUAAAAGCUCUUACGAAGACCGUCUGGUUGUAACAGCAAGAAGUAUCAAAGCAGAGAUUUUCGAAUGGGCAUUGAGACAUUAAUACACCCUAAACCCGGUUGAUUCUUUUACACCAUAUAUGGAAUAUGAUACUCAGCGAUUGGUGGAGGAAAAGAUUCAAAGCACAGUCAUAUACAGUAAUUGAUCUACUCCAGGACACAGUCACUGUAUUGCUGAUGUUUUUAAAUUGUUGCUUUCCUAAAUUUGAGGGGUGGUUUUGUAAGAAUUCGGUUUUAGUGCAUUGCUAGUGGAACACUUGAAACUUUCAUAUGGGCAGGAACUUCAUUUUUAAAUACAAAUAAUUCCACAAGAAUAACCGCACCUUUUUAAAAAGAUAAUUUCAUGGGGAAGAUGGCGGGGCUGGUGAGAAAUUUGCUGACAUUUGUUGUUAAUGUUAAGUAUUUUUAGCUCUUCUCAAAAUUUAGGGAGUAAUAGGAUGUGUUAAGAUCAGUCAGUAAGCAAUAAACGUUAAGGGAACUUUUGCACACUGAAGUAUUUCUGAAAUAUAUUCUUUUACAAUCAGUAACUGAUGAGAAAUAUUAUGGUGAAAUUACAAAAGAAAAAAAUCUGUUUAGAUCCCUAUGAAAUUUAACAGAUUCUACAUCAUGUUUUAGCAUAAACAUGCAAGAACUUUUUCUUAUCUUUCAGUCAGUCAAGAUGAGUCAUUAACUUGUAUGUAAAUAAUUUGAGGUUCAUAUGUGCUUUCGUGUGAGAUAUCCUGUGAAUUAAAAAAAACGCGUAUGAAAUUCUUGAGAGUUUUAUAGAAUAUUUUUGGAGAUAACAAUUAUCCAAUUAAGGGAUGGGAAAUGCUUCAUGUCGAUAGCUAAAAGCAGUGGGGCUUUAUGCACACAAUGGGUUUAGAUGCCUUUAUCCUUUUUUUUUUACUCCUAGCCUAUGAAACAUCAUAGCUCUUUUUUGGAAAGCUAUCCCAGAAUUUGCAGAAUGACUUAUUAGGAAGUUGAGUAUCUUAUCAGUUGAAAGAAAAAACAGGAUAGUUACUUUCCUAAUUUGCUUCCAUGCACGAAGGGUACUUGGGAAUUAAGGCAAGUGUCUCUUUAAGAAUAAACCUUAACCUUAGAUUUUAAUAAGCGACUGAGACGCUGUUUGUGUAUACGUGGGGCAGCCUGGCAAAUAAAUCAUGGUUCUAACAUAACGACAUGGAAAAACAGAUAAAUUUGUCUUGAUAAGUGGAAACUUUUUAAAAAUGAUUAAAUGCAUUUUUGUAAGAAGAGAUUCUAGUCUUCAGGGAGCUUGGCUAAAAAAGUAAGCCUCUAUUAGUCAUUUAUAGACCACAACCCUGAAAUUAUUUCCCACUUAUUCAAGGAAUGUACAUAAAAUUAAAAACGGAAGGGAAGUGUGUUAAAUUCUCAAAUUUGCUUGGAAUAACACUUGGUGGUAGAAUUUGGGAUCAAAUUUGCAUGUCUUGUCAUGUUUUUCCCAAGUUGUUCCUAGAAGUUUUGUUAAGCUCAUUAAGAGUUUACCAACAAUUUUAUUAUGCUGGCUGGGGAGAAUCAUAGUUCUAUUGUGCAACUAUUUAAUUCUGAUUUUAAACUGUGACCUACUAUUAUGCUUUUAUUGGUAAAUAUUUUUAGCAUAGUAGUUCAUUCAAAAUUAUAGGGCAUAUUUAGCCAACAAAUAUCUGUAGCUGAACUCUAGACAUACUUCUAGAUAAUUUUUAUUAUCUGGCAUUCCAGUCUUAAAAUACUUCCACAGCUUAUGUAUAUUAAUGCCACUAUUUUUCAAAAAAUGAGCUGCUCAAAAUAAAUUGCUAAUUUCAAUGUUCAGAUGUUUAUAUCUAUACCCAGUUCAUUAAAUACCUCAAUAAAAAGGAAUUUAUUCAUAAUUUUUGCUUAGAAAGAUGAAAUCUUAACUUUACAAAGCAAACUGUAGACAAAAGAUCUAUUAAGGCUGAGCACAAGAAUUUGUAUAACAUGUUUUCCUUCUCUAGGUGAGAAUUUCUCAGAUAUGUAUCCCCCUUUGUAAAUUCUAAACUGUUUGUAAAUAGGAGUUAACAGAAAAUAUUUUCUUGAUAUUUGGUGUGUAAAGUAAAAACUUUCUGUUGUGCACUUGAUGCAGCACUGUCAAAAUGCAGUCUUCCUCAGAACCUUACUAUGUAAAUGUGGAAUCUUUCAAGUUUGUGAAAUAGAUGUCAUUAGCUCACCAAGAAUUAUUUAUGGAAGCAUGCUUGAAAAAAUAACUUGUAUGUGUAACUUACUGUGGUCAUCUAGUUGAAACCUGAAUUUGUCAAGGGGCGUACCUACCAUUUCCUUUCCCUCGUGUGUGGCAUGCCCAUUUUCUAUCUCAUUUUUGUAUUGCAAAUGCUGGUGAGAAUGCAUUCUGUACAGUAAACUUAUUUUUACCAGUAAAACCGGGUUGGGUAGAUGUUUCAACAGUUAAGAGUUGGAGAAAUGAAAUCCUGUGUUUCAUAGCCGUUAUCGCCACUGAAGAAAACCCCAAGAAUAUGUAGUAUGAAUUGAUCAAAUCCAGUCCUUUUUCUUGUUGGUCACAAUCUUAAAUUCUUAGUAAGAAUUAAAGAUUUUCUAUUGGAUUGGACUGCAAGAAACUAAUACAAGCUAUUAGGAAACAGUUGGAAGAUAAAAGGAUAAAUCGACACCAAUUACAGUUGGACUUUUCAAUCUAGGGGGAAAAUGCACAACAGAAAACUCCAUAAGUGACUCAGGUUGCUUCAAUCAUAAUUGCAUGGAGCUUUUCAAACAGCAAUUGACAGUUCUGGUCAAGGAGAAUAUUUCAUUGCUCAGGGUUAAAAAGAAGGGCCAUUGGUGCUCUCAGAGUUUGGGUGGUUCUUGAUGUUUUUUGCAGCUGUUUCAUUACCAAAAUUAGGUAACGUGAUCACUGAUGAUGUUACCUUUUUGGCAUAAUGGAACUGCAGGAAGACAACGAAGCUCAAGAGAGCAGUAAAGAUCCCUAAUUCACAAUUCACGAUAAUCCAGUCAACAUUUCCAAAUACCUUUUUGUGUGCAAAUACUUUGUUGCUAGUGAUCCACAACUAGAGAGCAGUUCAGCGGCAGCAAAGGACAUAAUUCCCAUCAACCUGUCUGCUUGCCUUUUUCUAAAGAUACAAAAUCUCACAAUUAUGGUGGAUUUCAACUUGCUUCUAUUCCCCUAGUAAUGCCUCCCCCCCUCCCCAAAGCUAAGUACCUCUAUAAAGCCCUUAUAUACAAUUUUGAGGCCUCCUGGAACCUCGUUGAAGUUUAGCAGCAAACAACGUGAAAGAACAAUACCAAUUUUUCACCCUCGCCUGUUGUUAGAAGGCCUUGGGAUCAUCUGAGUGAACCUUGUCUUACUAUACAGUGCAAAAUUUAACCCAAUCUAGAAUCUUCUGUGGCAUCUGUUUUAUCGCUCAGGAAAUCUACUCUUGCUGGUUUGGUCUUCACAUUCAAGGACCACCGUUGCUUGCAGAAAGAUUCUUGGAAAUUUGGUAAGGGAAUAUGAAGUCUUGCCCUUGGGAGGCAAGGCAAAAUAAUCAGGAUCUUCUCUUGUACCUUCAAUGCUGGUUAGUGCACAAAGUAGAAAGAGCCGCACACACCGCUGUGGCCAUUGUAGGUGAGUUAAAGAGAUGCCAGUGAGAUCCCUUUUAUACAUUUGUCCUCCUAUGGAAGUUCUUCCUAAAUGAAACCCAAAUGAGUCACUUUAUUUCCAUAGUCCCUUUGGAAUAUCAAGGUGGCUUAGAACACUUUGCUCUUCUUCUGGACUGGAAAGCAUGAAGUCUCUCUAGGUAAAAGGCAAGAUAAGGCUAGUACUGUGGAAGAAAAAACACUCCGCUCUCACUUCCAUUUGAAACGUCACAUUUAUUAUAAAAAGGGAUUGAGUGACUUUGCUUGCUUUUUUGUAUUGUCAAUUUUAGCACGUUAAAAGCAGCUAAUGGCUUUGAUUCCUGAGUACCAUUCCAUCAGGUGUGGCAAUUCAUCCCAGCACUCAAACGUAGCCUGCAAUAUCAAGCCGCUGGAGGCAUGUGGAUUAAUCUUCACUUUUCAACCUUAAAAUGCAGCUGACCUACGAAUAGCUGCUACAGAUGAUGGACAUACAUCAAAUCCAUCGCUUGCAUUUACAAUGAUUUCAGGUUUAUACUUUUUGAAGGCCAAAGACAAGAAUGGCUUUACGUCUUCAAAAACUGCCAACCGUCACUGCCCUCCGUGGAACUGUUUCAGACUUUAAGGCAGCAGAAAGACACCACAAAGAUAACCGGUCUGAAAAUUUACAUUUUUUUUCAGGACUUGACACCUAGGAUACAGCUGCGGCACAAUCUGUUCCGCAGCCUCUUAUCUGCCGCCUAUGUGGACACAAAGGGCGAGUUAGCAAAGCAAUAAACUGCUUCUUUUCUGCCCCAAGAAAAAUAGAAGGUGUAUAUCACACGUCCCUUGAACGGAUUUAACAGGCCCCACUGGUUUGGCUAGGCACUUAUUUGUGGAUGGGGAAAAUCACUGCAAUUUUGUGCUAUUCGACCCAUUUUAGACACACUUCCAAUCCCAGGUUCCCAAUUACAUGGAGUUUCAACAGGAGUCAACAGCCUAAGAAACCGAUCAAUGCAACAAAUAGUUUUAAAACAGAAAAGGGAGAG